AUGGCCUUUUUUUACAAUCCUCCAGGAGACUCUCAAAUAUAUCACAUUACUUGUGAAUUAUCAAACGAGACUGUUGACCCUUUAUCUGACCAUACAUUUUAUUAUAAUAUUGAUGACAAUAAUUUUUAUCAACUAACUUUUGAAGAACCACAACAAGAAUAUUUGACUUUUUCAAAAUUUCAAAGAGAUAAUUUGGAAUCUCAUUUGAAGGGAUUUUUCCUUAAUCGCUUGACGCAAAAACAAAUUAAUAAGAGUUCAAAUAGCAACGAUACCAUUAUUUCACAACCUAAAUUAUAA